UGGGAACGAGAAAAAAAGUUUUAUGCUUUAUAAAGUCUGUGCAUUGCCAGUUAUAUGGUUUAUUCUCACAGUAAAUGUAAAGAUACUUUCCAUUGUAUUUGUUACAGCAAUCACUGGCCUUUGGCUAUCAAGUCAUGACAUGCUGACUAUGAACAUGCCAUUUAUAUGCUGUUAUAAAUUCAUAGCACUUAUGUUUAAUACUGUACUUGGAUGUAAAUCCUUUGCAGUCUGGAACCCAUGGACAUCACCAUGAGAUGCUUUGCGAGGCCUUUCCUGCAGCCACCUUCAGUUACUGCUUGUUUGUGGGUCUUUCUGGCUUCAGUUUUGUUUUCAGUAAGUGAAAAGCAUGCUCAGUUGGGUUUAGGUCAGAUGACUGACUCAGCCAUUUAAGAACAUUGCUUUGCUUUGCCUUAAGAAGCCCUUGGGUUGCUUUUGAAGUAUGUUUUGGGUGAUUACCCCUCUGUACUGUGAAGCACAAUUCAAUUUUGCAGCAUUUUACUAACUCUGGGCACAAAUAUAGCUCUAUACACUACAGAAUCCUUCCUGCUUCUUCUAUCAGCAGUCACAUCUUCAAUAAAUACCAGUGACCCAGUUCCACUGGCAGCCAUACAUGCUCAUGCCAUAACACUUCCUCCACCAUGUUUAACAAUGUGGUGAUGUUUGGAUCAUGAGUCCUUCCUUUCCUUGUCCAUUCUCUUCACAUCAUUCUGGUACAAGUCAGUCUUGGUUUCAUCUGUCCAAAGAAGCUUUUUUUUAUUUUAUUUUUUUCUAGCAAAGUCUAAUCUGUCCUUUCUGUUCUUCAGUGUUACCAGUGGUUUGCAUCUUGAGAUAAACUGUCAGUAUUUACAUUCAUGAAGGCGUCUCUUGAUUGUAGGCUUUUGACAAUGAUACACCUACCUCCUCCAGAGUGUUCUUGAGUUGGCUAGAUGUUGUGAAGGGGUCUUAUUUGACCAAGGAAAGAAUUCUGCUAUCAUCCACUCUUCUGUGGUCUUCCAGGCUUUCCAGUGCAUUCCUACCAAACUGUUUUCUCUCUGAUUUGGUCUGUUUUGUUUUGUUUUUCCAACCUAACCAUGGCCUCCUUCACUUGCAUCGACACCUCUUUGGAACAGCUACCAAAUGCAAAUUCAAUGCUUGGAAUCAACUCCAGACUUUUUUUAUCGCCUUAAUUUGUCAUGAUAUAAUGUGAAAACAGGUCACACCUGGCUAUGAAACUGCUUAUCAGUCAAUUGUCCAAUUACUUUUGAUCCUGUGAAAAUGGAGAUACUAAAUGUAAAAAUGUAACUAAAUGUAAAAAAAAUUCUGUAAUUCCUAAACGGCUAAUGCAACAUUUUUGUUAAACCCCUUGAAUGAAAGCUGAAAGUCUACACCUCAAUCACAAUUUUGAUUGCUUCAUUUCAAAUCCAUUUUGGUGGUGUACAGAGGCAAAAUUUCAAAAAUUGUCACUGUCCAAAUACUUAUGGACCCAACUGUAUAUCAAAUCUCUAAAUCACACAUAAAAUCUGUCAUUAAAUGUGCUAUUUGAGUCACAUGUACUUACUUACUUAAUUGCUUGCUUUCUACUGAGCUCUAGAUUUGUCUACUUAAUCAAACUGGUGAGGAUUACUUCAGGGAUUAUGAAGGCAUGGCAAAGUAUCAGUAAAUUAGCUUUUGGCUUUAAUCUAAGGAGGACAAAGAAGCAUGUUUCAAGUGGGGGUCUAUUAUUAAGAGUAUGUGCAUCAGUGUGUGUCUCCAUGGUCUGUUUGGUUGGGUGGUUUUACAGACUUGUCCUCCCUUCCCCCUGCUUUUCCUAUAUCCUUUAGUCAUUGGAGUGUUUUGAGGAAGGGGGUUUAAUCUCAGUUCUUCACAUUCAUGUCGGAUUUAUUGAUGUACACAUACACACAGAAUAUGCUUCGAUACACAAAGAUGCCUAUUACUUGCUAUUUCUAGUGCACUGCAAACAGCUGAUAUGUAACUAUCCAGAAUCAGAUAGUAAAGGUGUAAUAUGAAAAUGUAUCACGGCUUUGCAAUUCCAUCCUUAAGGUUACAUAAUCCAUAUACAAUACAGUACCUAUUUUACUGUAGUUUCAGAUAUUAUGCAAAAAAUAAUUUAAAAACAAAAAGUGAAAUAAAUAUUGGGAUCACCAAGUAAGAAAAUAGUUUUUCCUAGUUCUUUCAGCACAGCAUCCAGGUUGGUUUCCCCAGCUAUCCUUUCCAAUCUGCAUGAUCUGAGAAAUUAGGAAAUAAGGUGUUGAAUUUGGUGACAGGUCACUAGGAGGAGGAUGAAGUAAUGAGACUUUAGUGAUCACUUCAAAUUUAGAUGCUGCAGUGUUUUUCUCUGGACAACAGGACUGCAGGGUUCUCUGUAUGCUUGUGCAGUUUGUGCUUGAGAUACUGCACACUCUGGAAAAGGCACUCAACCGUUGGAUUUUUUUUUUUCUCCAGUGCUGUUCAAAUCCUUUUGGCUCAUACAAGGUUAUUUAACUACAUUUUGCAAAGGAAGGAAACUGAGUGUUCUAUUUCAUAGUAAGAGUUUUACUAUUUGCAAUAGACAAAUAGCACCUUUUGAAAAAACAAGCACCCUUUCCUUAAUGACAUAAUGAUUUAUUUUCUAUUGUUUCUAUUCAGACUUAAGUUCUAUGUUCUUUUAGUCUCCACAUUUAAUUUUCCCAGCAUCAACCAAUGCAUGCCUCCAAGCUGACACCGACCUUAUUCAGUUUUGAGGAUGUGUGUGUUCUUUUCAGAGGAAUGCUGCUCGUUUGUGAGAAUUUGAGAUGAAGGAUAGAGUUGCCGGAGUCUUUCUCAUCCACACAGACACGCCCUAUCACUUCCCUAAUUACCCUCACUGAUCAAAGGCUUGAACUUUGUGGUCACACAAUAUUUAUUAUGUGGAUUACGUGCAAGACAAACAGUAGCAGUGCAGAUGUCUGUCUUUAGAGAUUAGUCAGCAUGAAAUGAGUCUUCUGGCCCAGCUUCAGAUGCCCCAGAUGAAUGUGGUGGUGAUUCAGGGGCAGACGGUAGUACUUCAGGCCUCAUACUCAGGAGGUGACCUCAGUUCAGCCACCAUCAGCUGGAACUACCUGUCUGAUCCCAAAGUGAUCAUUUCCUAUCUAAGAAACCCUGUCGUCAACGAGCAGUAUACAAACAGAGUGGGCUUUGUUUAUCCAAUGCCCAAUAACAAUCUGUCAAUCUACAUCAAUAACACGGUUGAGUCGGAUUCCGGAAAAUAUAUGUGCCAAGUUAUACCUGUCGGGACUUCUGGAAGUUUACAGGAGCUGACGCUUAAUGUGAUGGUUCCUCCUGCCACGCCCAUUUGUAAGCUGCAGGGAAAGCCAGAAGUCAAAGCUAAUGUGACACUCACCUGCUUGUCCAGCUCUGGCAAACCUGUACCCAUAUACAAGUGGUCUAAAACCAGCCCAACCUCUGAGUUCUUCUUCUCUCCCAUGCUAAAUCAGGUUACUGGCACACUGAAGCUGAAUAACCUGAGUAGCAACAUGUCAGGGAAGUACGAGUGCACAGCCUCCAACUCCGCAGGGGAGGCCAAGUGUUACAUCAACUUGGAGGUCAUCACCUCAGCUAAUGCUGGGGUGAUAGCUGGUGCCACAGUGGGUGCUUUAGUGGGCCUCAUCCUCAUCAUCCUUGUCAUCGUUUUCAUGUGUACACGGAGAAAGAAGGACACUGAGGAAGAUCUGGCCAAUGAUAUUAAGGAGGAUGCUCAGGCCCCUAAACGUGUCUCAUGGGCGAAGAGCGGCACAGGUUCAGACAUCAUCUCCAAAAACGGCACGCUGUCAUCCGUCCGCUCCAGCCCUCUACCUCAAGACACACACGACCACCACCACCACCACCAUUACCCUAUCACACAACCCACUUCUGACACAGCCUGCAUCAUCACAGGCAGCACAAGCUACCGGCCCCAACCUGCAGGCAUCUCCAGCACCCCGGAACACACUUUUCCCGGCUACAACACCAAUGCCACUGUGCCACGCAAUCCCCCAGCACCCUCCAGUUCCAACGGAGGCUCCCUACCUAGGAUUGAAGCUCUUCAGCCACCGACCUCACGUUAUGUUCCUGCCCCGAGCGGAGUGAACGCCUCCAACCUGUCCCGUAUGGGAGGCGUUCCCAUUAUGGUUCCUGCACAGAAUCAAGCUGGUUCUCUUGUCUAGGGCUGAAGUGGUUUAGCUGUUUGGAGCACCCUCACACUGGAACUCACACUGGAAUCGACUGAAUGUGGAGGUGGUUUUAUAAAAGGGAAGAGCUAUUAGAGUCUUUUCACUGACUGUCCUGAAAAUGUGCAGUGUAAUGUAAUCUUAUUUACAGAAUUUACUUUUUUAUGUUUCAUAUAUAGACAUAAAACCAUUGUUUUAAUUACAUCAGUUCAAUUAUGUAAUAUAUUCACUAUCGUUUUUACAAUGUAUUUCAAGAAAGUUACAGAAAGUCUGCUCUUGCUUUUAAGUGAAUGACACAUACAUUACUCCUGACUGUUAGCUAGAAUUACUUUUUUUUCAUUUAUGUCUUAAAUAUGUUAACACAUCUUGAUAGGAUUUUAGGCCUAGUACACAUUAUUUACAUUUUUUUUUUAUAUGUAAAAUCUUUUUAUAUUAACCUUAUUCCUUACUUGUACAUAACCAUCAGCAAAAGCAGAGGAAAAUAUAUGCACUGAACUGGCUGUUUUUGGAUUAAGUGCAGAGAAAUGUGUCUCUAAGUGUU